UACCUGCCCGUUUAGGGAUAGGUGGCCCUGACUGCACGGGACGGUAGGGGUUAACUCAGAGCCCAGGAUAGUUUUCCCUCCCCCCUGCUUUCCCGGGUUAGUAGGAGGGGAAUUAAGGCACGCCCAGGAUAUAUUUAGGUCUACCCCACCCCCUGGUUAGUCCUUUUCGUACUCACCAGCGCUCCUGAGAAGUCAGCUUUGCUCCGGAGAUGGCUGACGAGGCUGUAUGGAAUGCUAUCCGGGAGCGGGUGUUGGCUGAUCCAGGCGCCCUAUCUCAGCUACUAGCUGGGCUAGGCCUUCCUGCUGCUGCGGUUAGUAGUAUAUCUCGGCCGGCAGGUCCUGCUGUACGGGGGCGACGAACCGCCCGUGCAUCGCGCCCUCCGGCGCGUCUGAGCCCCAGUCCCCCUAGGUCGUCUGCUAGUAGGAGGGGGCGCUUUGCUGCCCGCAUUGCCUCCUCAGCUGUAGUUUCGGCCCCUGGUGCGGCUGUGGCCGCAGCUCGGGCUGUAGCUCCGCCCCUUCCGGGUCAAGUGUCACAGGAAGCUGUGGGGAAUUCUUCAGCUGCUUCGCGCGCUUCCCUGCAGGUCCCGGCAGUCUCAGGUAUUUCAGGGCAGCCUGCUUUAGUUUCCCGGCCGGUGUUAACCCCUGCAUUGCCAGCCGUUAUGGGUGCUGGUGCCCCUGCUCCCUCUCAUGCCUCCUCCUCUGCGGAGGAAAUACCCGAUACCCCUAUUGCCACGGCCCGGGUUCCCAUUAGACCCCAGGGUGCUCCGGUACUGCCUGGGGAUACUCAGCAGCCACCUGUCCUGGGGGGUAGUGGCGUUGAUCCUCCUUAUGAGGAUGCUUGUGAUAGUUUGGGGCCCCAUCCUGUUGAUCUGCCACCUUUAGAUGCCUCAGCUAGUUCCCCCUUACUUUUUACUGAUAAUAUGCGGCAAGUCAGUCAGCCACCGCGUGACCGAGUAUUUAGUAGGUCAGAGGGCCGUUCCCGUCCAAGACGGUCGCGGUCGUCCUCACGGGGAUCUGGCCGCUCCGGUUGGAGCAGAUCUGUUGGGUCCUGUAGACAUCACCGCAGGUGUUCACGCCGGGAGUCUAGGAGUAGUGUGCGCUCCCGUAGGUCCCGCUCGUCUCGGUGGCGGUCUCCUUCAUCAUCUGGUCGCAGCUCGUAUCGCUCAGGGAGUCGGGAGCGUCGCUCUCGCAGGCGCGAGGGGCGGAGACAUCAUUCAAGGUCCCCGAGGCGGGCUUCCCGCGGUGGCAGUCGGCCCCGUGCGGUGUCUGAUCCGGCUACUGUGCCGGUUGCUGAUCCAGCUCCUGUUCCUGCUACGGAUCCGGUCCCACCUCCUGUUGUUCCUGCGCCGACCGUUUCAGGAUUUUCGGAGGAUGUGUCCGGAUGCUGCAUUGGAAGGGCUCCCUUGCCCCCCAUUGGUCUGGGCCCUGCCGAGCAACGUCUGAUCCCACUGGUGGAAUCGUCGAUGGCGGCAUCUACAUGGGCGGGACAUGAUGUGCAAAGGACGAUGGUUUAUUUCCUGGGCCACUCUUAUUUCCACCGGGCCGCGCAGAGAGCUGAUUGCCGGCCGGGUGGGAGAUCGUUGGGAUGCGGCAAUGUUGAGCCUCACUGGAGGGGGAUCCCAGGUAUGCGGUGGACACGGGUCCUUACUGAAGUGGUGGACAUUGCUAGAACCGUCCGUUCUGGUGUAAUUUUGGUGGUACACGCGGGUGGGAAUGAUCUCUGUUAUUCCCGGGUUCCCGAUUUGAUUACUUUAAUGAAAGCCGAUGUUGAACGGUUUUCUGGUUUUUUCCCUGAUUUAGUUUUAGUAUGGUCCGAGAUAGUGCCUAGAGUAUCCUGGCAGGGUGCUCGCAAUGCUGAGGCCAUCGAGCGUUCACGGCGUUUGGUGAAUUCUCGUAUGGCCCGGUUUGUGCGACAGAAGGGUGGAGUGGUGGUCCGUCAUCGUGAGCUUGAAGGUGAUAACAGACGGUUUAUGAUCUCUGAUGGGGUUCACUUGAAUGAUAUAGGUUUGGACAUCUUUUUGUCGGGCUUACAAGAUGGUUUGGAGCAGGCCUUGUUUUUGCUUGGUGGGGGUCGGAGCACCGUGUAGGAGUACACGGGCUCCUCGGUGGCCUGAGGAGAGGAGA